GUUUGCUGUGAACCGCGCCGUUUGGCCGCCAUUAGUGUCGCCGAACGUAUUUGCGUUGAACGUAAUGAACAGAUCGGUGGGACUGUUGGCUAUCAGAUCCGACUCGAGAGCAAAGUGUCAAAUGAGACGCUAUUGACGUUUUGCACGAAUGGUGUGAUAUUGAGAACAUUGAUGUCCAAUAGGGAUGAUUUCUUGAGGAAUGCCACCCAUAUUAUCAUCGAUGAGGUCCACGAAAGGGACCGUUUUAGCGACUUUUUGCUCUUAAUUCUCAAACAAACCAUUAAAUUGAAUGCGAAUAUCAAACUCAUACUAAUGUCGGCCACUUUUAACAUCAAGAAAUUUGAGGACUAUUUUGAGUGCGAGAGUCCUGUCAUCGAAAUCCCUGGCCGUCAACACCCGGUCGACGAGUAUUUCUUGGAGGACGUCCUCAAAGCGACUAAUUAUAUGACUCUUCCGAUGGCUCGCUAUAAACAAAGAUUGGAUAGAAGUAAACGUCAAAUACAGGCGUCGACCGCCAGGACUGGAACCGAUGAGGUGUCGAUUCCUGGCCGCACUCCCGAAGUUGAGUCCCAACUCAGACAAGAGUUUGAUUUAAUACUGAAGGGCGCGUGGGUUGAGGGCACUGACCAGGCCUUCGACAAACUCUUGGACUUUGUUUCGCUCAAUAGUUUCCUAAUGAAUCACAAGCACAGCGAGACGGGUGUGACGGCUCUGGUGGUCGCCGCCGGACAAAACAAGUUACAGGCGGUGGAGGCUCUGGUGUGCUUCGGGGCCGACCUAACGGUCACCACUCCUAAUGAGAUGACUGCUUACGAUUGGGCCAAUUAUUUCGGUCACAAAGACGUGAGCGCCUAUUUGUCCGGCGUUUACGUCGAUAAGAGUGUCGGCUCUGUUGGCAAUCAGGCGACCGAAGAGGAGAAGGAAUUGUUGGAUAUUUAUCACAACUGUUUCAACGACGACGAC